AUGCUGGAUUUUACUCCUCCAUUUAAGGGCUGGGCCAGAUGCGUAGCUUACGCAACCUUCUACUUAUCAUUACUUGGCCACAUGGUUAUAGUACUUUAUACACUAGACGCUUUUCAUGCGGAAGGCGAAAUCGAGUCUAACCAUGGGCUUGUCGCGGCUUGUUUCGUCACUCAGUGGUGCAGAUGCAGUUCAUUAUCCAUUUUUCCUUCGGUAAUGCUUGAAAGAUAUUACGCUUCCUAUCAUGUAACUGAUUAUGAGGCAAAACCGAGAAAAUGGGUAGCAUCUUUGGUGAUCACAGUAUCUUGUAUCUUAACGACUGCUACCGCUGUUCCGCUUAUAUAUGUCGUAUAUAUAUCAUUAUAUCGACGUGACAAAAAGCAAGUACGUUAUAUCACCUCGCCCCUCUGCACACAUUACCCGCUUAGCGCGCGAUUCCAACUUGCUGAGAAUUUACGAGUUAUGAAGAUCGUUAUGUAUUCGUCAAUAGUAUACAGCAUCUGGUUGGUACCUCCCUGCAUUGCAAUGUUUUUGACAUAUCUUUAUUUCAAACCAACAAGUGCAGCAGGACAAAUAUGCUACGCCACAUACGAGUUUUUCGUGUCACUCUCGGUAUUACUGCUACUCGUACACACAAUGGUGAAGAGUGGAAGAUUCUUUUUUACGCUAUGCCCUAAAACUGUUGAACAUCAUGCAGUCGACAGGCAUGUCAGCGAUAGAACGACUAGCAUGUACUUCCAGCAACUUACUGCAGCUUGGAAGUAUUAA